UCUAAUUUAAUUGUAUUGGUGGUUGAAAAGCUUCAAAAUUAUAGUGGGUGCGGCGAAAAUUCGUCGCUCGGUGGUAUUCGUCGCUCGGUGGUUGAUUACGUUAAAUCGAAGACCCCGCUAGGCCUGGCCAGCCGCCUCCGCUUUCUGGCAGCGUCGCGCUUCCCCUCCCCCGGCGCUGUCAAGCCUUUUGUCUGGCCUCAUCCAUUCCGACACGCGCUCCAUGCCCUUCCUUCGCCCGUCUUCCUUCCCCACCCGUCUCUGCUCCCUCUCCCCGACGCUCCUGGCGGCCAUCGUCUCGGUGUCAAUGGACUUGCGGUAGAUGCCGACAAUUCGAUCCUAUACUCGGCCGGUCGCGAUGGAGUGAUUUGCUCUUGGAACCUCGACUUACCCGCCCUGUCCUCGUCCUCGUAUACCAACUCCUCUGCCUCGAAACCCGCGGGCACCACGACUUUUAGGCACCAAGUCCAGGCCCACAGCCACUGGAUCAAUGAUGUCGUCUUGACGCGAAAUAACUCGGCUUUGGUCUCUGCGUCAUCAGAUACCACUGUACGAGUGUGGAGGCCACAUUCCGAGACUACAGAGCUCCCCGCCUCGAUCGGUCGACAUGCCGAUUAUGUCAAGUGCCUGGCGACCCCAGGCCAGUACUCCGAUUGGGUUGCUUCGGGUGGGCUAGACCACAAGAUCUAUCUCUGGGAUCUCAAUGGUGGCGGAGAGAGAUUGAAGAUCGAUACCUGCGGAGACGACGUCACCAAGGGCUCCGUGUACGCCCUGGGCACUGGCGGUUCAGUCCUGGCGAGUGGUGGCCCCGAGUGUGUCGUGCGAGUGUGGGAUCCCAAGUCGGGCAAACUCAUCACCAAAUUUGUCGGGCACACGGAUAAUAUUCGCGAUAUUCUGAUCAACCAGAAUGGGGACACCAUCAUGACGGCCUCGUCCGACCAGACGAUCAAGCUCUGGUCGUUGACGGCGGGAAGAUGUACCCACACCUUGACGAUGCACAACGACAGCGUCUGGUCUCUGUACUCGGACCACCCGCAGCUCUCGGUCUUCUACUCCAGUGAUCGCUCCGGACUUGUGGCCAAGACCGACACGAGAAACGUCCCUGACAUCGAUCAAGGCACGUCGGUCGCCGUACUGCAGGAGCAUGAGGGCGUCGUCAAAGUCGUGGCCGCAGGCGACUACAUCUGGACCGCAACUCCCAAGUCAAGCAUCAACCGUUGGAGCAAUGUAGAUACGACUGCCGAAAUCGAGGUCCCGCCGUCUUCAGGGCGUCGUUUCAGCGCUGGUGGCCCAUGUGAGUCGCGGCCCGACUCGCCAGAUGGGACUCCUACGGCGGCUACGAACGGGACGGCGAAGAAGAAGAUCCCCCACAACUCAGUUUUACUCCUUUCAGCCACAUCGACCUUCCCGGCCGCGCGUGAUCCGGAGCGAUCCACUAUCUAUUCCUCCGUCAGCGGCAAAAAACCGUCGGAUCUGAUCACGGAGGAUGAUCUCGGUCUAGUCCUGCCCAUGUACACGUCCCCAGAAGAGACGAUCGAGGGUCAGCAUGGGUUGAUUAAGUAUUUGAUGUUGAAUGAUCGGAGACGCACUCUGACCCAGGAUACCGCUGGAGAGGUUGUCCUGUGGGACCUGUUGAGGUGUGUUCCGAUCAAGUCAUUUGGGAAGCGUCAUAUAGACGAUGUCGCAUCCGAGGUCAAUACUGUGGAGAGCAUCGCCCACUGGUGUACCUUGGACAUACGAACCGGUCGGCUUUCCGUGAUCUUAGAGCCUAAUCGGUGUUUUGAUGCCGAAGUUUAUGCCGAUGAAACUGAUCUCGCCGGUCACGAAGAAUUCCAGCAAGAUCAGAGGAUUAAUCUUGGAAAAUGGGUUCUGCGCUGGCUGUUCAGCUCCUUGAUAGAUGAGGAGAUCAGGCGCGAUACAGAGUAUCGUAAGUCGGCCGUUGCCAACGCAGAAGAGCUUCGAGCUCAGCGAGCCAACGCGACGGGGUCGAUCGAUAUUCGUGCCCUAAACAUCCCGACCUCUGCUACAAACCCGCGCCCGCCGAACGGAUGGCAUGGGAGUCAUGUUACGUCGGGUCUAAACAUCGGCUUGGCAACUUCUGCACCGGCGACCUUCACCAGUCCAUCUGGCGGCUCUCCACUUCCAACAACUGAAGAAGAGGGAUCGAAUGCAGCAGGCCUGCGGCCAAGUCACGAUUGGACCAGGCCUUCGUCCGAAAAGUCGAAUGAUUACGUCUCCCCGAACCCGAGUACGCAGGCAGCAGAUACGGACAAAACGACCGACGAGCAGACCCCUACAGCGCUUCCGCAGUCUCCAAGCGAACCCGAGAAGGAAGAGAAGAAGAAGGGUGGCUCCUUGUUUGGCAAGAAGUUCCGAAUGGAUUUCCCGAAGAAGCUGGGACGAACCUCCUCCGAUACCAAGGUUCCGGUGCAGGAAGAGAAAACGGAAGGCUCGGACAAGUCAUCCGAGAAAGAGGAGGAAAAGGUGUUUGAGAGCAACCUCGGCGGUGUGAUUGAGCGGAUCAGGCACGAGUACGAAACAUUCCUCAUCUCCAACCCCGGAGGAACGUUGGUAUCCGGCAUCACCCCCAGUGGAGAGAAUGAAACCCCGCGCUUGGAAAUCCCGCCCCACACAGUCAUAAUGAUUCAGGAGGAAUCUGGCGACUCAGCUGUGGCAGCUGAUCUGUACCGGGGCUCAGUGGGAACUAUGCGCGAGGACGUCGACAAGCUCGAAAAAUCCGCCCCGCACUGGCUUGGGGAGCUCCUCUUGAGGAACCAGAUACCGGCUAAAGAGGUGGUCAAAGUGGCAUUCACCCUCAAGCCAUAUGGAGAUCAAUUACCUCCCGUUGUGAAGCCCGAUGGAACUCCUAACAACAAUAGCUCCCGCUUGAACGCCAAUCGUAUGCUUCGUGCCAAGAAGAUUCUGGCUUACAUUGCUGAGCGUAUCGACCCGCCAAACCCGAAUGAUCCCAAUCCUGAGCUGAAGCCGGAGGAGUACCUGGAACUUUAUUGCCAAAACACGUUAAUACCCCCCAACAUGACACUUGCUACAAUUCGAGCCCAUAUCUGGCGCUCAUCCGGUGAUAUGGUUUUGUUUUACAAAGCCAAUGGCAAGAAAGAAAUCCCCUCGCCAAGAGCACCUCAGGACGGCACGGACACUGGGCCUGAUCAUCAUCCGAAUGGAUCGAGCCACCUACAGUUGGGGGUAAACGGUAGCGUGCCACCGGCCACGACGACUGCUUCAGGAUCACCGUCUACAUCGAAGACGCCGUCCAUCUCCGGCAUAUAA